AUUAAUUAAUGGCCGAAUGCGCUUGCGUGAUGCCGGGUGCGUGUUAUUUUAAGUUGUAAAGUGGCGUCGUUUUCUGUGUAAUUGAUAUAUAUUGCUUAAUAGGAUAACUAUAAUUCAAAAGGAUAAAAAGCAAGAAUGGUGGCGCAAAAGAAAGGUCGCGGUGCCAAAAAUCAAGUGGCGAAAGCUAAAGCGAAUCAACCUGCUGAGGACGUCCCCGAGGCUGAAGUAUCCGAAUCAGUAGAAGCGGCUGAGGAAAACAACGGAGACACACAGGCGGAAGCCGAGCAGGCCGAGGCCGCGGGCGGUGAAGGAACUGCCGAGGUGCAGGCUGGAGAACAGAAUCAAGGAGAGGAAUCGAAAACCGAGGAACAGAAAGAAGACAAAGUCGAGUCUGGUAAACUUCUCGUGGAGAAUCUCCCAUCGAGCUACCUCUUUGAUUAUCAAGAUAAACUUAAGGAGUUGUUCUCCAAGCAUGGAGAAAUCAUCAGCGUCAAACGUGGUCCAAUCAUUGUAACUGAACUGACCACAACUCCGACUUUAUCGGCAAUAGUCGAAUUCAAAAACAAAGAUUCAGUGGAAAAGGCGCUGAGCGAGAACGGCGCUCUGUUGGACGGCAGCGCCAUCGCCGUGUCGGCGGAGUCGCGCUCCGAGACCGCGGUGCUGGUGGGCGUUCCGUACGAGGCCAGCACCGACUACGUGCGCCUGCUGUUCACGCAGUGCGGCGACAUCGCGCACGUGCACGAGUUCAGCAAGACCAAGUACAAGAUCUUGAGGGUAACCUUCCACGAGAAGGAGGCGGUGGAGAAGGCUCUGAAGCUGGACCGCGAGUUGCGCAUCAACGGCUUCCUCGUCACCGUGUCCAAGUACCGCGACGACGACGAGCAGAAGGCGCACACGGCUAACACUAACAAGCAGAACAAGCGACAGAACGCGCAACAGAACCGCAACGCGAACGCGGGCAACAACUCGAACGCGAACUCCAACACGGCCGCCGCGCGCGCCAACUUCCGCCCGCGAGGUGGCGCCUUCAACGCGAGGGGCAACUUUAGGGGAGGUCGCGGGCGCGGUUUCGCGGCCCGAGGCGGAGCCUUCCCGCGCGGCGGCUUCGCCCCCGUCAACACGUACCUGCCGCCCGCGCACCAGCCCUUCAUGGGCAGACCGAACUACCUGUAAUUGAAAAUUUAUCAAGAAUAAACAGCAAGGCGGGUUCAUGAACGACGGUCAGCGGCCGAACAAGCGACUCAGGCAGAUGUAACCUCAUUGUAAAGUGUCAAGUAUUGUGCGUCGUUUUAUGUCUUGUGUGUGUGAGUGUGCGCGUCCUACAGACAGUCAACAGUGACAGAUCGCAGUAUCAGAUAAAUCUAGCUAAUUGUAUUUACUAAGUACAUGGAAUAAAAAUAAUUGUAACAUUGUCUUUUGACAGAUAAUAAAUAAUUACUAACAUUUUAAAA